UAAUUCGACGACGCUGCGGCUGAGGAGGUGGUGGUGAGUCUAUUGAAACCGCCGUAUGAGAAUCGCUGUGAUGUUGUCUUCUCUGAUUCCUCUACAACUUCCAUCUCGGAUGCAAACUCAUCUCUGGUAUAUACUACCAAACGAAGUGAAGAGCGAGUCUCUACUAAAACACUACUCUGAGCUUCUCUCACAACCAGAGAAAGACCAUGUCUUUCGGAUGCAGAGCGAUGACCUUAAGAAGAAGAAUGCAUUGCUUGCUCGUACCUUGGUCCGAACCACAGUUGCAAGAUACCAGACAAACAACAACACAGUGGUUGAUCCAAGAUCCUUGAAGUUCAAGAAGAAUGUGUACGGUAAGCCUGAAGUAGAUUGGGAUGUUCAUGAUCCAAAACUGCAAUUCAACAUCUCACACACGGAUUCACUGAUAGCCUGUGGAGUUACAGCGAACGUCCCCGUUGGUAUUGAUGUAGAAGACAAGACGAGGAAGAUGAGACACGAUGUGUUAUCACUUGCAAAAAGAUUUUACUCGUCUGAAGAAGUUAAGUUUCUGUCAAGUAUAGCAGACACCGAGGCUCAGCGUGAGGAGUUUAUUAAGCUAUGGACUCUCAAAGAAGCUUAUGUGAAAGCAUCAGGGAAAGGCUUCUCUGCUUCACCUUUUAAUACUUUCUCAAUCACCAGGUCUGACGCUGGAAGCUACAGUCUUUGCGGCAAAGCAGAGGGAUGGAAGUUUAUGCUUCUGGACUUGGCUGCUUCGUCUCAUUACGCUGCAAUCUGCAUUGGAGGAGAAGAUAAAGACGAAGAAGGUAUGAAUGUGAUUGUCCACAGAACCAUCCCAUUCGUUGAAGAUGAACUUAUAUCCGACUGGAAACUGCUCUAGUUUACCGGGGCUUCUAGCUCUGGUGGUAAAUGAGUUCCGUCACCUGGAUUCGAAUUAUCUGUAUAAUUCAAAAAAAGAAACUGUAAGUGUUUUCACAACAAAUUUAUUUACAGAA